AUGUUUGAUAAAUCAUCGAUAUCCAGAAUUAGAAUCCCUAACGAAGUCGGGCGCUAUAAAAUCAUUCGAAAGUUAGGAAGCGGUGGAUUUGCAGUUGUUUUUCUCGCCGUAGAUAAAAGAUCAAAUGAAAAAUUUGCAAUUAAGAUCGUUGAUAGGGAAGCUGUUCUAAAACAAGGAAUGCUUAAAUAUUUAGAGACAGAAUUAAGACUUAGUACGCGUUUUGAUCAUCCGAAUAUCGUUAAGACUUAUGAAAUCAUUUAUGAGCAAGAUAUCAUUCUAAUAGUCAUGGAAUAUCUUCCUAACGGAGAUCUUCACGAGUGCAUCACAAAACUACAGAAAUUUACCUUCGAAGACGAAUUACGUAUUUCUCGACAAAUUCUUGAUGCUUUGCAAUACCUUCAUAGUCGUGGUAUCUGCCAUAGAGAUGUUAAGCCAAGCAAUAUUUUAUUUGACGCUGAAAUGAACGCAAAAUUAAUAGAUUUUGGAAUGUCUCGUGAUAAUUGUUCAUCAUUAGAAACCCUUUGUGGCACAGCGUUUUUCAUGCCUCCAGAAGUCAUAACGUCAAAGCAUUAUGACGGAAUGAAGGCCGAUAUAUUUAGUCUCGGAGUAACUUUGCAUCUGAUGUCUACUUUUACAUAUCCGUUCAAGGUCAGUAGCGAAACCCAGUAUAUUAAUGAUAUCACAAAAAAUAAAAUUAAUGUUGACGUGAAAGUUGACGGUUUGAUGGGAAAUGUCAUAAGGAACUGCUUAUUCUUUGAUCCGAACCAAAGACACACUGCACAACAGUUAAUAGAAUAUAUUGAUAGUAGUAGGAAGCAUUUCAUCAAUUUCUGUGACUGUAAAGAAGAAUGUAAGAAGAUAAAAGGAUUUUCCUUGCCAAAACUUAAUUCUCAGUCUAAUUUCAAGAGGACAAUAAAUAUUUCAAGGAAUGACAAGAUACUUCUCCGAAAUCGCGAGAUUAAUAACUAUCCAAUAACCCGUUCACGUAGUAUUGAUUUCGGGAAACAGAAUAUUCGUAUAAAAAAAAUAUAUUCUUGA